AUGAUGGAGGAGAUAGACCGGUUCCAGGUGCCCGCCGUGCGCGCCGAGAUGCAGCCGCUGGAUCCAACAGCUGCAACUAUUUCAGACAGAGAUUGUGAUACAAGAGAGGGAGAGACUGUAGCCAUGAACUAUAAGCCAUCCCCGCUUCAAGUGAAAUUAGAGAAGCAGAGGGAGCUGGCUCGGAAGGGCUCCCUGAAGAAUGGCAACAUGGGAAGCCCAGUUAAUCAGCAGCCCAAGAAGAACAACGUGAUGGCCCGAACAAGGCUCGUCGUUCCCAAUAAGGGCUACUCUUCGCUAGACCAGAGUCCAGAUGAAAAGCCCCUGGUAGCCCUGGAUACAGACAGUGAUGAUGACUUUGAUAUGUCCAGAUAUUCCUCCUCGGGAUACUCAUCAGCUGAGCAGAUCAACCAAGACUUGAACAUCCAGCUGCUAAAGGAUGGGUACCGAUUAGAUGAGAUCCCAGAUGACGAGGACCUCGACCUAAUCCCCCCUAAAUCGGUCAACCCUACCUGCAUGUGUUGCCAAGCCACCUCCUCCACCGCCUGUCACAUCCAGUAGUGAGGCCGGCAGGCUGUGAUCAGUGCUUUCCACUAUAACUGUAAAACUUAACAGCCAUUGCUUCCUCCUAUGGUAGGACGUGCACCUCUUUGUGUUCAUGGAGCCAGGAGAAACCAAAAAAUUCAUUUUAUGAUUGGUUGAUAACUUAUUUUAAACUGUGGUAAAACAAAAGAGAAGUUGCUCAAAGUGCCAGGCAGUGCCUGGCAAAACUGACUGGUCUGAAUAGUGAAUGCAGAGGGGUCCAGAGAUACCUCCUUGGUUUGUUUAGGCACUGGGGAUAUUUUGUAAAGUGUCUUUUUUCAGAAUGGGAGAGGUCAGAUGGGACUUCAGGUAAUCCUGCCCACUGAAACCAAUCCAUCCGCAAGAUUAGGGCAAGUUGGAGGUAUCAAAGUGUUUUACCAAUGAGAGGAAGUCAGGUCUUAAUUCAUUCACUAAACCUGUUUCAUUUGCAUAACCAAAAUGAUGUUAUAAUUGGGGCACAGGAAUGGGGACGGACCAGGGCAUCCUUUCUUAUGGCAAGGCUAGUCAGGACUAACACCACACAAUUCAUUCACUUGCAAAAGGGACAAGUAGGUGACAUUUCAGUGUGAGUCAGUACUAGCUAGAGCUGUUGUGUCACAUAGCCAUUGCAAUCUGCCCUUAGCACCACAUUAAAUUACCACCAAACACAUCAGGUUCAAUCUGCAAUCCACUCAUGCACUUCAAGGAUUUGUUCAUUGCCCAGGAAUACCAUACUUGUGACUUCAGUUCAGUCACAUAUUCUGACUUCAGCCUGUAUUUAAUCCCUGUCUGAUCCAUCUCUUUCCAAAAAUCUUAAACUUUGUUCAACUGAGAAGAAAUUAAUCCUGCAUGAGUCAGUACUAGAGAUGAACGACUGUGCUGGUUGAAGAAAGCACAUUUUGGCAGUGCUUAACUCUUGAUAUUCUCUUGAUAUUGUGUCUCUGGGUGCUUGUGAGAGUGACUCAUUAAUGCUGAAGUCAUCAGUGUGGUAGGGGUCAGACUUGAGAGGAAUUUUCAGCAACAGUGAGUUACAAACAGCUUCAGAUGAAAGACGCCCAUGAGAGGAAACUACUGUUCACUUCCUAUUUGUCCACUUGUGAGCCAGACAUGGUUCCAGAUCAGGAGCAGUUGUGUUUUAUUUGGUGCUGGAAUAGUUAGGAAACCUGUUACAUUAGGUUGCUGGCCUGAGCUCCCAGUUCACCAGCAGAUUAUCUGGAAUGCAGAAUCACUUCUGGAAUUAGCAAACAUGUCCUUCCACUGGUUUCAGCAUAUGCAAGGGAUGGGCUGGCAUUUUUCUUGGUGUUGAAAUCUUUGCCACAGGCACAAUUCUUGUGUUUUCAGGAGGGAGAACCACCUGCCUUGGGUCAUCACCUACUCUAUAGCCUGGGAAUGAUAAAAACGAGGGCAGUUCUGAGCUUCCCAUCAGAAUUCCUGAGUCACAAAGCUGAGCCUGAACUGCACCACAAUAGAUCCCCCAUCUGAAAUCUGUAUGAAGUGAGCUGAGUCUUUAAAAAGUCCUACUCAGAAUUAGCAAGAGAUUUUUUUAACAUCCUGGGGAUUUACUCUUUGCAGUGCAAAGCUUGAUACCAGCCACAGUGUGAGUGAAAGAGCAGGCACACAGGAUUCAUGGGCUUAUUUACUUGAUGGUAUUGACAGCUUUUAAAGUUAUGCUUGUCCUCUCUGCCUAAAACAACAUGCUGCCACCCUUGUUCCAGGCCAUAGAAAGAGGACUUGAAUGGUACUGUUUACUGAGCAUUCCUGCCUCUUCUACUAAGCGUCCUCUGUAGAAGUAAUGGUUAAUUGGCCAACUCCUAAAGGGAUUGUGUUCCUCAAGUGAAUUCAUCUCCUUUUCUCACCACCUGGUAGUGCUGAGGGUGAAUAUUUCCAAAAUUCAAGUCAGGCUGAGAUUAUCAAGUUGUCUGGAGACGGGGAAAGUAGACAGUAGAAAGAUAAAAGGGAAAAACAUUCAUUAACGAGUCUUUUUUAAUGGGGAUUGUAGUUAAAACUUAAUAGAAAUUCCAUGAUCAAACCAAAUCCUAUAGGACAUGACCAAGGCUAUUUAAAUCUUCGCUUUUCUGGAGAGGGACUUUGCAGUUCAGCACUGGUAUCAUGGAAUGUCUUCAUCGUAUUUAUCCUCCUGGGUCAGUCUCUGUGCCUUCCAGCCAGGCUGCACAUGCUCAGCCUUUUCCACAGCCCUUGCUCAGGAGUUUGGAGCAUUUUGGAGUGCCUACUAGAGCAACAAGCCAUCCCUUCACCUGGACCAGCCCCUGAAGGCUGCACAUCCCACAGGUCUCUGUCAUGCCCGCCAUCAUAGAAUCAUGCCAUCACCUAGGUUCAAAAACACCCUUAAGAUCAUGGAAUCCAGCUAUAACCAAGCACUGUCCUCUUCAGUCUAGGACAGAAUGAGGCUUGCUGUCACUGUUACCUCUCAGGGUUAACAUCUCCCCUCGAGGGACAGACUUCUUGGCAGUGCUGGAUUAACAGUUGGAUUCUGUGAUCCUAAAGGUGUCUUCCAAUCUGAGUGAUUCUAUGACAUGCAUUGUCCUAUGGCACCAUGACCAAGUCCUCUUACUGCCCCUGUUGCUGGUUUUUGCCUGCCAUGUGCCCUGAGAUAUUCCCCAGCCCUGCAACUCCCUUCAGCCCUUCACAUUUUGUGAUGUGCAUCUGCUUCUAGCACAACCCUUUAGGUAGGGAGGGAGAUGAAUUCAGAUGUUCCACCUGGUGCUUCCUCCAAAUACAAACUGAAGUACAACUCAAGUGUUUUUUCCUGUGCACAGAAGGAGUUGGUUGCAGAAACAGUUGGUUUGGCAUGACAGUACAGAACCAUAAAAUGGCAAUUUUUUGGCUUCUCCUCUCUAUGCUUUGUGUUCAUAUACUUUAUUAGGGGAAUAAUGUAGAAGGGGUGGGGAAAAGUAGUUACCUGUGUAGGGUUGUUAUCAGAAAGGCUGAGUGGCUUAAGGCAAUGCACAUGUGGCUGUCAUAGAAAACUGAACACUAACCCUUCUGAACUGCAGCUCCUUCAGCAGAUUAUGACCAUGCAGCAUGUUUGUUGGCUCAUUAUGGAAUAUUGAGGACUGCCUAUUGGUAUGUAUCAACCUCAGAUGAGGCUGGUUCCCCCAUCUGGUCUCCUGUUCAGACUUUUGCUUAAGCCACCAGGUUUUCCAUAUGCCCUCAGAGUCAAAGAAUGGGUAAGGCUAGAAGGGACCACAGUGGGAUCAUCUGAUCCAACCUCUCUGCUCAAGCAGCCCUUGUUGGAGGUUAUGCUGUGGUGAUUUCCUGGGAAUGUGUGAAGAUAGAUGGCUAUCCUGGCAUUGCUCUGCUUAGACCAGUCUCUGCUACCAUGACCAGAAGAAGGCAGAAGGCAAGAGCUCAGACGCUUUGUCACAGUAUUUCUACAAAAUCUA